AAUCAACAUAACGAUUUGAAAUCCUCUAAGGAGUGUACACACGGACAGUAGAGUGACCGUGAAUUAAAUUUCCGCAUUGUGUUACCGAGUUCGGUUACAGUGACAAGUGGCCUGAAGACCUGUAACGUUACAAGUUGUUCGAACAUUUAUUUUUUCAAGAAACUUGCGUGAAGUGUCCUGUCAGGAUGUUUUCUUUGAAGAUUACCGUUGCCCUUUGCAUUGUUGCGGCUGCGACCGCGUAUCCUUCUCCUAGCGAAGACGGCAGGUGGAACCCUUACAAAUAUGGAGAUGAUGGCAAGUACAUUCCCGGCAAUGAGGGCAAGUACAUUCACAUUCCGAACCCCUACAUCCACAUCGACAACCCUUACGAUGGAGGCUUCGGACCUUAUUCACACGACUAUGAACCUUAUGUCGGAGAGGCAUCAGUAGACCAGUACAAGCUCAUCAAGUACCCAGGAGAAGAUAAUCCCUUCUACAAAGAUGGAUACUACAAGAACAAUGGCAUCAAGAUCAUUAAGCAGAACCACAACUACAAGGAGGACAAAUACGACUUCGAUUUCGAAACUGAAAACAAGAUCCGUGCUGAAGAGAAGGCUGUUCUGAAGAACCCCAACACCAUUGAUGAAGGCAUUGCUUCCAAGGGUUUCUACGAGUACAUUGGACCCGACGGUUUCAUGUACAGGGUAGACUACACCGCCGACGAGAACGGUUUCCGUCCCUCAGUGAAGAGAUUAGAAACUCCGUACUCUGGCAAGUGGAUAUACGAAAAAGUCAACUAAAUGAAAAAUCUCAUAAUCAUCCUCUGAAUCAGUAUUUUGAUAUAAGUAGGCGAUGUUGCAUUUUCCAUUGUAACCUCAUUCAUCUUCCGACUGACUUCAAUUUAUUUAACGAUCACCAUCAUUUAGUUCAAGAUCAAAAUAUUGUUCACGAAUAUGACAUUUGAAUUUAACGUAGCCAGGAUAUCAUUGACGCGCUGUGAUGGACAGAUCAACCUCCAUACCAUUUGUAAUGUAUAAAUUCGUUUGGAAAUUUUAAAGUACAAAAGUGUGUCGUACAUUGGACAUCACUCGGUCUAAGAAAGUGUUAAGAUAAAUAUAAUUUAUACUUUAGUUAUAAGGGCUUAGAUAUUUUUAAAUUUAGACCUAUUUAUAAAAUG